AUGGUCCAAUUUGUGCUUCCCCCACCAUCGCCAUCGCCAUCACCAUCACCAUCACCCAAUACAACGAAUUCAAUAAGGAUUGGCAAUAGGUUGAAUCGUCAUCUACAAAAUGUUGUCAUCCUUGUAUCUCUUGUUUACCUCCUGGUUAUAAGAUGUGAAUCAUUGUCACCAGAAGAAGAAGAGAGGGAAAAAAAUGCACUAUUGGAAUUUAAGAGUUCAUUAGAGAAUGGAGACAUGGUGCUAGGGAAUUGGAACAAUCCACCAAGAUGUCCAUGUCCCCAAGUAGGAUCAGGAUCACCAAGAACAUCUUGGACUGGGGUGAUUUGCAACAACGGCAAUGUAUGGGGGAUCCAACUUGAUAAUAUGAAACUAUCGGGGGAAAUUAACGUGGAUUCACUUCAACAGUUGGGGCAAUUGAGGUCGUUGAGUUUGAUGAACAACAACUUUCAAGGGCCGUUUCCAGAAUUUAGGAAGCUAAGAUCAUUGAAGGCGUUGUAUAUAUGCACAAAUAAGUUUUCCGGAGAUAUUGAUGAUGAUGCCUUUGUGGGUAUGUCUUCUUUAAAGAAAGUGCACUUGGCAUACAAUGAAUUUACCGGUGAUAUACCCAGAUCAUUGGCAUCUUCUACGAGUCUUACAGAGUUGAGGAUAGAGAAUAACCAAUUCAUGGGUCCCAUCCCAGAUUUCCCUCACACUCUCAUCAUAUUCAACGCUUCUAACAAUCAUUUACAGGGUCCUAUCCCACCUUUUCUUGACGAGAUUACUGAUGCCUCCUCUUUCACAGGGAAUGAUGGAUUAUGUGGGCCACCGAUAAGUUCAGUAUGUGAUGAAACUGGAGCUUCCUAUAAUCCUUAUUCGUCAACAGAUGAAACCCAUAAGAAGAUGUCCAUGUUAACAGUCAUAGUUAUGAUAAUAUCAGCUUUGCUAGCAAUAACAGCAAUUGCAACACUUUUCAUGUUGUACCUUCUGGGUAAGAGCCGAAUAGAUCACAUGAGAGACUACAGCGAAGGAUCUUCAUUUUCAACAUGUACAAGUCCAGGGGGAUCUGUUAUCCUGACUGAACAACAAUUAGAUUCUAAGAAGCCUCCAUCGAUAGUGGGUGCACAAGGGAAAUUGACAUUCUUGAAGGAAGAUGGGCCGAGGUUUGACCUAAACGACCUGCUUAGAGCAUCCGCAGAGGUUCUUGGUUAUGGAAGCUUUGGGUCAGCUUACAAGGCGGUGAUGAUGGAUGGACAAGCUCUGGUUGUGAAAAGAUUCAGACAGAUGAGCAACUGCGGGAAGGUGGAGUUCCAUGAGCAUAUGAGGACGCUUGGGAGGUUGUCACACCCUAACUUGCUUCCUCUAACAGCAUACUAUUAUCGUAAAGAAGAGAAGCUUUUGGUUUUUAACUUCGUACAUAAUGGCAGCCUACAAAGGCAGCUUCACGGAAAACAUACAACCGAAAAGCUUGAACUUAACUGGCCAACGCGCUUAAAAAUUAUAAAAGGAGUUGCAAAGGGUAUGGCUUAUUUGUACACAGAAUUACCUAACCUAUUAGUACCUCAUGGGAACCUCAAAUCUUCCAACGUACUCGUUGACAAUUCCAUGCAACCUCUCUUGAUGGAUUACACGUUGCUUCCUGUGGUAAACGUGGAACAUGCACAGAACAUGAUGGUGGCUUAUAAGGCACCUGAAUACAUUAAAGAUGGUCGCAUCAGCAAGAAGUUGGAUGUUUGGAGCUUAGGGAUAUUGAUACUCGAGACAAUGACAGGGAAGUUGCCUGCAAACAGUUUGGCACAAGGGCAACCAAGUAAGUAUGGGAGCGAGUUGGGUAAGUGGGUGGAGUCUAUACAGGGGGAAGCGGUGGAGGAGGUGUUUGACAAGGACAUGAAGGAUAUAGACAAUGCUCAGGGACAGAUGGUGAAGCUUAUCAAGAUCGGGUUGGAAUGUUGCGAGGUGGAUGUGGAGAAAAGGCCAGAAAUGGAAGAUGUUGCUAACAAGAUUCAACAGUUAGAUGAGAGGGACAAUUGA